CAUCAAGAAGAGAACGAGAAAAAAAGGUACCAAAACUUUACUAAUACUCAUAAAAACACUACCGUAAAAAACAAACUAAUAAACGAUUUAAUCCCUGUUCUGACAAGAAUUGACCAAAGCAAACUGCCGGGCAAAUACAAGGUCUGGUGUUACCAAUUCACACUCUACCAGAGACUGCUGUGGCCCCUAAAAAUGAGUGAGAUCCCCUCAUCAACCGUGAGUAAGAUGGAUAUGAAAGCCAACUCAUUCAUCCGAAAGUGGUUGGGGCUGCCACGUUGCAUCUCUGAAGCCGGCCUGUUUGGGAGGAACAUGCUCCAGCUACCUCUAAGAUCGCUACAGCUGGGCUACAAGCAAAAAAAGACCAGGUUGGUGCUCGAGCUUCGGGAGUCCACAGAUGAGUCGGUUAGGAAUGCUAACGCCAGGGUCCUGACUGGCCGCAAGUGGAAUGCCCAGACCGAGGUCGACCAAGCUGUAAGCCAGCUGCAGCACAAGGAGAUUGUGGGCAGAGUGCAGAGGGUUCCAAAAGCCAGGGCAAAAAAACACAAAGCCAAUGGACCCAAUGUUGCUGAAGGCAGGGGGGUGACAGAGGAAGAAGGUCCAUUGGUGGAGAACAAGUCCCCACGUGAGCAUGAAGACCCAGUCCUCACCACGCCAGACAGAACAGAGCCAAUCACAGAGACCAAAAAACCAGCCAGAAGGAACAAGAUCAAGUGGCCAAAGUCUAGUGAAGCAGAGGCAUGGCGUGUACUGGAUGCAGACCUGAUCAAGACCCUACAGGAGUCACUACGAGGAGGGGCAGUGGCCAAGCUGAAUCGGAUGGGGGACAUCAUAUACCAGACCUGCAAGGACAGGUUUGGAGAGACCGUUCCCAGACAGAGGUCCAUCCAAAGAGAGAAGGGAAGAGAAAGAAGGAAAUCCUACAGCUGGUGCAAAGGCGUCAACCGUACGAAUGUGAAGGAUCUGUUUGGGAGAAGCCUUCAGUGCUCCUGUGGGUUCCACAAGAGACUGCUGUGGCCCAUAAAAAUGAGUGAGAUCCCCUCAUCAACCGUGAGUAGGAUGGAUGGGAAAGCCAACUCAUUCAUCCGAAAGUGGUUGGGGCUGCCACGUUGCAUCUCUGAAGCCGGCCUGUUUGGGAUGAACAUGCUCCAGCUACCUCUAAGAUCGCUACAGCUGGGCUACAAGCAAGAAGAGACCAGGUUGGUGCUCGAGCUUCGGGAGUCCACAGAUGAGUCGGUUAGGAAUGCUAACGCCAGGGGAGAUGUCCCUGUGACUGCCCCGCCACCAGGAGACGUUCCAGGAUUAAAGGGGCGAAACGUUGAUGAACGGUGGUUCCUGGCUGAUGACCCUGCAGCUGACCCAUGGGCACCGGAGGAGGUGCGACAGGCAGCAAUGCCAGGCAGGAUU